AUGCAUUCACCAUCGCCCCAACUUCUCCGCGCCAUGCGCUCCUCUCUCCUGAGAGCAUCGGCUCCCCGCACUCUGCGCAACGCCACCCGCUUCCCUCACGCCCUUACAGCCCUCAACAUCCCAUCAACGCAGCGAAGUUACAGCUCUCCAAUUCGCCCCGCGCGCAUGAUCCCUCGCUCCCACACGCACAAGCCUACCAGCCAUGACCGUGGCCCAGAAUCAAAGGAAGAUACCCAGACGGACUUUGGCGCCCUGGAUGUGCUCGGGAACACCCCGGUACCUAGCACAGCCAUCGACGCCUGCCUGGACUCCGGGUUCCACCUGAACUCCGGUGUAAAAAUAACCGGUGGCGAUGCCCUGCUGCUCGUCGGUGGAGAAGCGUUCUCCUGGCGGCCGUGGAAAGCCUUCGAGGGCGCUGAGAAUGACCGCGCGGCCAAGGCGUCUAUGAUUAACGCCAAGGGCCAAUUUGAACUGGACGAGGAGGCCUGGGGAUUGCUGAGCGUGGUGUGGCCCCGACCCGAUAUGCUCAUUCUCGGUCUGGGUGGCGGCAUGUAUCCUCUUUCACCAGAGACGAAGCGUCAUAUCAACUCGCUAGGCAUCCGUGUUGACAUUCAGGAUACUCGGAAUGCAGCGGCACAGUUUAACCUACUGGCGACAGAGCGCGGAGUCUCCGAGAUUGCGGCAGCGCUAAUUCCCAUCGGGUGGAAGGGACGGUCUUGA